UCAAAGUCCACUUUGAUUCCAAUAAGUGUUUGCUCAACCCGCAAUGUAAAUAACUUUGAAAUGUAAAAUAAAAUUUUGAUAAAAUCUAAUUUAAAAAUCUUUUGUACCUGUUUAUUUUGUAGUUAUUAUAUUUUUUUGUAAGAGUCUUACUAUAAGUUGAAUUUAGUAAAAAUCAGUUUCUUGCACAUAAUAUCAAGUUAGUAAGCUGUAAGGCCAGAGCAUGUGAAAGCGAAUGAUGUAAGGAAGCACGUAAUAUUGAAACAUUGGAAAUAAGUGUGAACUGCCUUGUGGUACAGAUCGUACUCUGAAUACUGACAUAACUGCGGCAUGGCGAGCAGCACAAGGUGACAAGUGUAUAUCUUCUGUAUAACAUGAGGGGAUAAUGCCAGCUUCCUUUGCACAGUUGAACGAGGAGAAAGAGAGUUCGCCGUGUUUGGAACGCGAGGAACGAGCACCUGUCAACAUGUUCGGAACUCAGCGCCGGGUGGCGCUCGACGUGCUCAUGGCGUGCUGGGGGCUCGGCACGUGGCUCGGGGUCAACGGCCUGUACGUGCAACUGCCGCUGCUGGUAGACCGCCUGCCUGAGGGCUGGGCGCUGCCCUCCUCCAUGGUGAUGGCCGUGCAGCUCGCCAACAGCGGACUGCUAAUAUACGCGGUGAUGCGCCGCCUGCUGCCGCGCGUGUCCGAUGCCUACUACAUCUCGGGGCUGCUCGUCAUCGGCACGCUGGCGCUCUUACUGAACGCCUUCCUCUACGAGAAAACUGCUGUGAUAGGUUCCCAAGAACGGUCGAUCGCUUACUUGGCGUUGACGUUCUUUGCGGCGUUGGUGGGCUGCACCAGCUCCGUGCUGUUCUACCCGUACUUAAGACAUUUCCGUGAUGUGUACCUGGCGACGUACUUGGUGGGUGAGGGUCUGAGCGGGUUCGUGCCGAGCCUGCUGGCGCUGGUGCAGGGCGUGGGCGGUGCACCCGAGUGCUUGCCCAACGAGGACAACACGAUGCUGGAGCCGCACUACCCGCCCGCGCGGUUCGACACCACCGUGUUCCUGGUCCUGCUCGGCGGGCUGUCGGCCGCCAGCUUGGCCAGCUUCACCGUCAUGAACAACUACAAGGGCUUCGACUCGGAGCGCGUGGCGCCGGCGGCGGCGGCCAAGGACGACGAGGCGACGUCCGAGCGGCCCUCGCUGCUCGUGCCGCGCUGGAUGGGCGUGAUGGCGCUGAUGGCGGUGCUGAACGCACUGAACAACGGCGUGAUGCCGUCGGUGCAGUCGUACUCGUGCAUGCCGUACGGCACGCGCGCGUACCACCUGGCGGUGACGCUGAGCGCGAUGGCCAACCCGGCGGCGUGCCUGGCGGGCGUGUGGCUGCGGCCGGUGUCUGCGCGGGUGCUGGCCGCCAUGCUGGCGUCCGCCUGCGUGCCCUUCGCGUACCUGCUGGCCACGGCGCUGCUCAGCCCGGCGCCGCCGCUGCAGUACAGCGCGGGCGGAGAAGUUCUCAUCGUGGUGGCGUGGGUGUCGUCGUCGGGCGUGAUCUCGUACGCGCGCAUGUGGGUGUACGGGUGGGCGCGGGGCGGCGGCGCGCGCGGCAUGCGGCUGUGCGGCGCGCUGGGCCAGCUCGGCUCCGUGCUGGGCUCCGCCAGCACCUACUUCAUCGUCAACUACACGGCGCUGUUCGUGCAGCCCGACGCCUGCCCCGCCAUCUCCUCGCUCACACACCUAUAGCGGCGCAGCACGCACCGAGGCGUAGCCACAUGUGUUCUGUACUAGGUACAAACACUCAUCACUAGUAUUGUUAUUAGUCCUAUGCAUCGGGCGCGCAACUCCAGGUUACGUGCCACUGCUGAGGAUCCCGGAACCAACCAAUCCAGACAAAUAUUUUGGAUUCGUUCCUAAAUGAUCUCGUGCGUAGCAGUCGCACUGGAUACGGACGGGGCACACUACUUAACAUUAGUUUAUAAGAAUAAUAAAUAUUUAAUAUAGACUAUUUAUGUUGACGUUA